GAAAUGCUUACCUAGUUACAGCUGUUUCAUCGCUAAAUUCUUCGAUUUUUAGCGGAAGUGCAAUUUCUUAUCUUGGUUGUUUACAUUUAUGAAAAAGAAUAUCUAAUUCAUAAAAAUUUAAUACGAGUUAAUAUUAUUUGGGAACAAUGGGAAUAAGCGAAGUAAGCGUUUGGGCCCUAAUUCGUAGAUACGAUCAGUUAGAAUGUAAUGCAGAUGAUGUACAAUCAUGCUUAUGCCACCUGAUGUUGGAACUUAAUUUAUCAUUCGAAGAUUUGAAGUUUCGAAUAUAUCGCUGCAUCGGUAUCGAAGAUAAUGGUUCUCGAGUGAUUAAAGUUAGACAAUACAAUAACAGUUUAGUUCCUCUGUUUGCGCUUUUAAACGGUUCCAGAAAGGACAGGCCAUUUGUUAUCGAUGUUGUGAACGUUCAUCAAUUCUGUCCCGUUGAAAAGCGAACGGUGCUACCUGACUAUAUGGAUGCUCUGAAGUCAAAGCUUCACAAUUUAGAAAAUCGGAUAUUAUUGGCUGAAAAAACUAUACCCGAAGUUGCUUCAACCCAUUCCGAAUCGAUAGAAGAAGCUGCAACACAAUUGUCUGGUUGUGUAAGUUAUUUAGAUCGUAGACUCGAUGAAUUAGCUCCUUUUCAAUGGAAAGCAAAUUGGAUCUGAUUAAUAAAACAAAUUAGAUAUAGUACAUUUAAUUAUUUAUUGUGGCAUUAUUGCUAGGAGUAAUUAACCAUAGUAUACACCAGUUUAUAUACUUUAAAGAAAAAGUUUGUACAUCUGUGAGUU